AUGGCCAGCCUGAUGCAAGCGAUCAAGUGCGUGGUGGUCGGCGACGGUGCCGUCGGCAAGACCUGCCUGCUGAUCUCCUACACGACCAACGCCUUCCCCGGCGAGUACAUUCCUACGGUCUUCGACAACUACUCUGCCAACGUGAUGGUCGAUAACAAGGCCAUCAACUUGGGCCUCUGGGACACGGCCGGCCAGGAGGACUACGACCGUCUCCGCCCGCUGUCCUACCCGCAGACCGACGUCUUCCUCAUCUGCUUCUCGGUCACCUCGCCGCCGUCCUACGAGAACGCGCGCAACAAGUGGAACGCCGAGAUCAUGCACCACUGCCCGACCGCGCCCAAGCUGCUGAUCGGCACCAAGUGCGACCUGCGCAGCGACGCCGAUACGAUCGCGCGGCUGGCCGACAAGCACAUGCAGCCCAUCCAGCCGGAGCAGGGCGAGAGGCUGGCCAAGGAGAUCGGCGCCUGCAAGUACGUCGAGUGCUCGGCCCGCACGCAGCAGGGCCUGAAGAACGUCUUCGACGAGGCCAUCCGGGUCGUGCUCAACCCGCCCUCGUCAAGAAGAAGGAGAACAAGAAGGGGAAGUGCUCUCACUUCUAACCCAUCCCAAGCUCCCUGCACCCUGUAA